CAAGAAAACCGCCCGCGCACCUCCCUCCGAUCCCCUGCAAAGCAACCUCCCUCACAGUAACAGUAAUGGAGGCCUAGCCCCACGGGCCGCGCGCGCAGCCUGUCUCCAAGUGUUGGCCUCUCGCGGGCGCGCAAGUCCUGGUGAGGCGCGUGUCCGUCGUCCGUCCCCCUGUGCGCCGGCCACAGCCAUGACGAACCAGGACGUGGUGGUCCCGGACAUGGGCAUUGCGGCGGCCGCGGCGCUGCCGGCGGCCCCCGGCCGCGCCCUCUUCGCGUGCCGCGGCGCCGCCGUCUCGUCGCUGCGCGGCGCGUACGGUGGCCUCGGCCUCCCCGGCGGCGCCGCUACCGACGCUGGCGAGUUCCUAGCAGCAGCAGGCGGCCGGGGUGGUGCCCCUGCCCCCGCGGCGGCGAAUGCGCCGCCGGGUCGGACCUGCACCAGCCGUGUCGUCGAGGCCAUCCGCGCGUCGUCGCCCACCCGCUGCCCCGCCGCCGUCGACGAGUACGACGCGUGGACGAGGAGGCACCCGUCGGCGCUGGGCAGCUUCGACCAGAUCGCGGCGGCGGCCAUGGGGAAAAGGAUCGUCAUGUUCAUGGACUACGACGGCACGCUGUCCCCGAUCGUCACCGACCCGGACAUGGCGUUCAUGACCCCCGAGAUGAGGGCGGCGGUGCGCAACGUCGCCAAGCACUUCCCGACGGCGAUCGUGACCGGCCGGUGCAUCGAAAAGGUCUGCGGCUUCGUAGGCCUCCCGGAGCUCUACUACGCCGGCAGCCACGGGAUGGACAUCAAAGGCCCAAGCUCCAAGGAGGACAAGACGGUCCUGCUGCAGCCAGCUCGCGAGUUCCUGCCGGUGAUCAACAAGGCUUACAGAGCUCUUGAGGAGAGGACUAAGGACACGCCAGGGGCCAGGGUGGAGAACAACAAGUUCUGCCUGUCCGUGCACUUCAGAUGCGUCGAUGAAAAGAGCUGGAGCUCAUUGGCUGACAAGGUCAAGGCCGUGCUCCGGGACUUCCCCGAGCUGAAGCUCACUGAGGGCAGGAAAGUCUUGGAGAUCCGGCCGUCGAUCAUGUGGGACAAGGGCAAGGCCGUCGAGUUCUUGCUCAAGUCGCUCGGAUUCGACGACAGCACCAACGUCCUGCCGGUGUACAUCGGAGACGACCGGACCGACGAGGAUGCUUUCAAGGCGUUGAGGGAGAGAGGUCAAGGCAUAGGGAUCCUUGUUUCCAAAUGCCCCAGGGAGACAGAUGCCUCCUACUCUCUCCAGGACCCCACUGAGGUCAUGGAGUUCUUGGUCCGGCUGGGGCAGUGGAAGCUACUGCGAUCACCGUCACCGGCACGCCCAAGGGUGUAGCAGCAGUGACAGACGCCGACCGAUCACACACAGCUCGUCGCUGCUACCGCUGGUCGCCAAGCGUGUUUAAUUAAUAUAGCUAGUUAGUUAUAUUAAUUGUUGCACUACUCUAGGAGUAAUAACCCAUCUCAUCUCAGCUACCGCGGCCCAGGCAGAUGUGAACCGGCCGGCAACCUGCUGAUUGUGUUUAGCUGUUCUUCCAUAUGGGUUUGAGAGGCAGGCAUCCAUGUGCAAAAGCUGCCUGCCGCCCUUUAAUUAGCUUAACCCAGGAAGGUUCAUCCCCUGUAUGAAUUGUGAUCGAUGACUAUCUAGCUAUGACCUUAUUAUUAGCAGCUUAAUUAGCCUGCCUCCUUGUAAAAUGUAACAUAUAAGCAAUGGCAUCUAUGCACUUCCUUUGCUGAUGAUCCAACU